AUGGUGAAUGCACCAUCAAAGAACGGCACAUGGGCCAGCGCAUCCGUCACACCACUCCUUUCCAUGUCCCGCCGCAUCGCCCUGCCCGUCGUCCACCGCCGCCAGAGAACCAUGCCUCACCUCCAGGACGAGGUCCUGCGCGAGAGCCUGCAAGCGCCCGAGUCCUUCUGGGCCGCGCAGGCCGCCCAGCUGCACUGGCACAGGCAGCCCGACGCCACGCUGCGCACCUCGGACCGCACGCUCGCCGACGGCGGCACCCCGCACCCCGACUGGGAGUGGUUCCCCGGCGGCGAGCUGUCUACCUGCUACAACUGCGUCGACCGCCACGUGCUCGCCGGCCGCGGCGACGCAGUCGCCAUCUACUACGACAGCCCCGUCACCGGCACCAAGGAAACCUACACGUACGCCCAGCUCCUGGAACAGGUCGAGACGCUGGCCGGCGCGCUGCGCGAGGAAGGCGUCAAGAAGGGCGACGUCGUCAUGGUAUACAUGCCCAUGAUCCCCGCCGCGCUCAUCGGCAUCCUCGCCAUCAACCGUCUCGGCGCCGUGCACUGCGUCGUCUUUGGCGGCUUCGCCGGCGCCGCCCUCGCCGCGCGCAUCGACGCCUGCAAGCCCGUGCUGCUGCUGACAGCCUCGUGCGGCAUCGACGGGAACAAGCCGCCGAUUGCGUACCGGCCGCUCGUCGAGGCCGCCCUCAGGCUCGCAGCGCACCCGCCGCGGCGCACCAUCAUCUGGCAGCGCGAGCAGCUCCGCUGGGGCAAGACCAGCCGCGUUUCCCAAUCCUCGUGGCAAAAGUGGCUGCGCAGCGCCAAGGAGCGCGGCCUGCGCGCGGCCUGCGUGCCCGUCGGCAGCAGCGACCCCGUGUACGUCAUCCACACCUCGGGCACGACGGGCGCGCCCAAGGGCGUGCGGCGCGACGCUGCCGGCCACGCCGUCGGGCUGCACCUGUCGAUGCGGUACCUGUUUGGCGUGCGCGGGCCCGGGGACGUGGUCUGCACCGCGUCGGAUAUCGGCUGGGUCGUGGGGCACUCGUACAUUGUGUACGCGCCGCUGCUGGUCGGCGCCGCGACGGUGCUCUACGAGGGCAAGCCCGUCGGCACCCCCGACGCGUCCGCCCUCUGGCGCCUCGUCGACGAGUACAAGGUCAGCGUGCUCUUCACGGCGCCGACGGCGCUGCGCGCCAUCCGCCGCGACGACCCGCACAGCGCGUGUCUGGCGCGCGUCGGCGUCCGCGGCGGCCUGCGCUCCCUGCGCGCGCUCUUCCUCGCCGGCGAGCGCUCCGAGCCCCGCCUCGUGCAAAUGUACCAGGACCUGCUCGACAAGUACGCCGCGCAGCCCGCCGCGCACGUCAUUGACAACUGGUGGUCGACCGAGGUGGGCUCGCCGAUGACGGGGCGCGCGCUGGCACCGCACGCCGCCGCGCGCGAUGACACGGGCGACCAUGCGCUGCUGCCGCCGCCGAUCCGGCCGGGGAGCGCGGGCAAGGCCAUGCCGGGGUUCGACAUCCGCGUCGUCGACGACGACGGGCAGGAGCUCGCGCGCGGAAGCAUGGGAAACAUUGUGCUCGGCAUGCCGCUGGCGCCGACGGCGUUUCGCACACUCUGGGGCGACGAGGCGCGCUUCCACAAGAGCUACCUCGCGCGGUUCGGCGGCCGCUGGAUGGACACGGGCGACGCGGGCAUGAUUGACGACGAGGGCUACGUGCACGUCAUGAGCCGGCACGACGACGUGCUCAACGUCAGCGCGCACCGUCUCUCGAGCGGUGGCAUCGAGCAAGCCGUGUCCUCGCACCCGCUCGUCGCCGAGUGCUGCGUGGUCGGCGUGCCCGACGCGCUCAAGGGCCAGCUGCCGUUUGCCUUUAUCACGCUGUCGACGGGUGGUGAUGCGCACCCGGUGUCGGCGAUGCCGGAGGCGGGCGUGGCGGCGGAGAUCCAGGCGCUGGUGCGCGCGCAGGUGGGCGCGAUUGCGACGCUGGGCGGCAUCGUGCAGGGCCGCGGCGUCAUCCCCAAGACGCGCUCGGGCAAGACGCUGCGGCGCGUGCUGCGCGAGCUCGUCGACAAUGCCGUGCACGGGGACUUUGACAGGGAGGUGACGGUGCCGAGCACGGUCGAGGAUCCCGCGGCCGUCGAGGUGGCCCGCGCCAAGAUUCGCGAGUACUUUGAGACCAUGGGCCACAAGCACAAGCCGGUCGAGGCCAAGGCGAAGCUGUAG